GUCCGUAGAAUGACCAGCCGCAGUCGCAGCAGUUUCAGCAUCCUUUCUACAUUUUCGGUCAUUCUCCUGCUCAGCAACAGCAACAACAGCAGUAUCAUCAGCAGCAACAGCAACAACAGCAACAGCAACAACAGCAACAGCAACAACAACAAUAGCAACAGCAACAACAAUAACAGCAACAGCAACAACAGCAACAGCCGGGUAUUAUUUUUCAGCCUCCAAAUUUACUUAACAGCACACAGAUAAAAACCACUAUACCUUUUAACGGAGU